CCUUUAGCACUUACAUAUUAAUAAUUUUAUCCAAAUUAAAAAACAUGGAAGAUGGCUAGUGUAAAGCCUCAGAAAUGGGAGAGGGUGCACAAUAUGUGAAGAAUGGGGAGGAGGCCAGUUUGGCUGGAGCCACUGGUGUUAGUGGAGGAGUGAAGUGACUAGCUCUGUGCUUAAGGAAAAUCACUUGGCAGUUGUGUGGAUGAUGGAUUGGUAUGGGGAGAGAGAUGAAAUUGUGGGACCGCUUAGGAGGCUGCUGCAAUAAUAUAAGCAUUGUACCAGAAUGACCAGAGAAAGACAAUAGGACAAUGUGUAAUGAGGGACUUGUUACCUGACGACGGAUAGAGGAAGUUCUGAGAAAGGGAUACAGAGAUAUAUGUGUUGCCAAAAAUAGAUUCAUCUUAUUUUAUUAUUUUUGCCUUUGCAUAGCCCUGGCUCCAGACAAUCCCAUGGACACAGUUGCAGUUCUUGAGACUGGGGAAGGUGCAGCUGUGGGCUCUAAGCAAGCAGCUGGAGAAGAGGACAAAGAAAAUUUGAAAAAGAAGAUCUUCCUCCAGGAAUCAGAUGCUUCUAAUUUCUUCAAGAAGCGGGGCAAGAGAUCCACCAAGUCCCUGGAUGAGCUGAACGCGGAAAAUAGGCAACAGCUUCGAGCAGAUGAGCAUCGGAGGGAGUAUUACGAGGAACAAAGGAAUGAGUUUGAGAACUUUGUGGAGGAGCAGAAUGAUGAACAAGAAGAGCGCAGCCGGGAACAGAUUGAACAAUGGCGUCAAUGGCACUAUGAUGGUCUUUACCCACCAUACCUCUAUAACCGCCAUCGCAUUUAACCUCAAAGUGGGAGCAGACCUAUCAGGAAGUCUGAAAGAACAUUUAUAAAUGUUGGCUACACACACGCACGCACACACACACACACACACACACACACACACACACACACCUGGGACAUUGAGAAAUACUGACAGUUAGGAGCCUUAAGAAUUUCAUCAUGGUGUCCACUGUCACCCAUGGCCUUGUAAAGCCCCUCUAGUUUGUUGGUUAGGAAGGUCAGGGCUUUUAUUUUUAUUUUUUUUAUUUUCAAAUGCUUACUUUUUUAUGUGUCCUAGAGAAUCCAGAAGUCAAAGUAAUCCAAUAUAGCAGGCCCAAACUUAUAGUAGUUUCUGCUUAUUUUGCUCUUCAAAACUGGAUGGCUGAUCAAAGAAACAGAG